CGCUUGUGGCCGAUCUGUGCUGAGUGCGCGAGCGGUUCAGGCAGCUCUCCAUCAUGUCCUCCAUCGUCUUUCACCUCGCUGUCCUCCUGGUCUUGUCGGUUUCGUGUGAAACGGAUCUCGGCGGUAUUUUGGAGCCGUAUGACCUGCUGUUCGACAACGCAGUGGAAGCGUACUACAAGCAGGACUGGCUGUCGGUCAUCCUGAACAUGGAGCGCGCGCUGAGGAACAAGGACACGGUGCGUAAAGUGAAGGCUGAGUGUCGCUUAUCGUGCGCCAACAUCACCUCCUUCCAGCACACCAGUGAUCCCGUUCCGCUUCCCGGCGCCGGUCCGGUUCAAGACCUGGGCUUUUUCCAGCUCGUGCUACAGCGGGCCGAAUGCGUGAACCGGUGCGAGGCGGAGAAACUCGGCCCAUCGUCUCUACACAAAAUCAGUGCUGAGAUGGAGCUCGAGUUCAAGAAAAGAACCCCGUAUAAUUACUUACAAGUUGCUUAUUUUAAGAUUAAUAAGAUUGACAAAGCCGUGGCUGCGGCGAACACGUUCUACAUAGCGAAUCCUGACCACAUGGAGAUGAGACAGAACCUGGAGUACUACGGCAUGAUGCCCGGCGUGCAGGAGACGGACUUUAAAGACCUGGAGGCCAGACCUCACAUGGAUGAGUUUCUGGAAGGAAAGCGGCUGUACAGCGCAGAUGACUUCUCGUCCUCUUUCGGACACUUUGAGAAGGCGCUCGAGGGGUUCUUCUCCGCCGACGCUGAGUGCCGUGCGCUGUGCGAGGGCGAGUACGACUACGACGGAUACAACUACAUGGAGUACAAUGCUGACCUCUUCCAAUCCAUCUCAGAUCACUACCUGUACAUUCUGAAUUGCAAGCAGAACUGCAUUGUGGAGCUGGCGUCCACCGCCGGAAGAGAAAAACCAUUUGAAGACUUCCUGCCUUCACAUUUCAACUACCUCCAGUUUUCCUACUAUAACACCGAACAAUACGAGAAGGCUAUCGAAUGCGCUAAAACCUUCCUCCUUUUCCACCCUGACGAUGAGGUGAUGAAGCAGAACUUGGCGUAUUACUCGGCCAUGCUGGGAGAAGAUAAAGCUGCCGCUAUCGCUGCCAGAGAGGUUGUUGAGCAGUACAUUAAGAGGUCCUUGCUGGAGAAAGAGCUCUUAUAUUUCGGAGAUGAAAUUUUCGGAGUCACGUUUGUCGAUCCGGACACGUGGACGCCGGAAGAAAUCAUGCCAAAGAAACUCAGGGACAAGCAAAACGCCGAUCGAGAGAGAGCGGCUCGCAUCACCGAAGAGAUCGGCAACCUGAUGAAAGAAAUCGAGACGCUAGUGGAGGAGAAGACCAAAGACUCCACAGACAUCACCAAGAUGAUUAAAGAUGCUGAUAAUUCAGCACCUACUCCAGAGGGCGGCUUGGUGUUGGAUGGAAUCAGAGUCAGCAUGACGGCCAACGCACUGAACGGUUCCCAGAGAGUCGUUCUGGACGACGUGAUCACCGACGACGAGUGUCGCGAAUUACACCGGCUAUCAAAUACAGCAGCACAGAAAGGCGACGGCUACAGAGGAAGACCGAGUCCUCACUCGCCCAGUGAGAUGUUCCAGGGAGUCACAAUUCUCAAAGCUCUUAAGCUCGGUCAGGAAGGUGUGCUUCCUCUGAAGAGCGCUCGUCUGUUUUUCGAUCUCAGUGAGAAGGUUCGCAGUGUGGUGGAGUCGUACUUCAGUCUCCAGUCUCCUCUGUACUUCUCCUACUCACACCUGGUCUGCCGCUCUGCCAUCGAGGAGAAACAGGAAUCCAGAGAUGACCUGAGCCACCCUGUACAUGUGGACAACUGCCUCCUGAUCUCUGAGCUCAAUGAGUGUGUGAAAGAGCCGCCAGCGUACACGUACCGGGACUACAGCGCCAUUCUUUACCUCAAUGAUGACUUUGAAGGAGGAGAUUUCAUCUUCACAGAACUUGAUGCCAAAACCAUCACUGCAGUGGUGAAGCCUCAGUGCGGUCGCAUUGUGGCCUUCAGUGCCGGUAAGGAGAACCCUCAUGGAGUCCGAGCCGUGACAAAAGGUCAGAGGUGUGCGGUGGCUCUGUGGUUCACUCUGGAUCCUCGACACAACGAAAAGGAGCGAAUUCAGGCAGAAGAACUGUUAAAGAUGCUCUCAAGCCCACUGAAUGCAGAGUUCCAGAAAACAGAGGAGGAGAAGAACAGCAGCGAAGAGACUGGAUCAGAGAAGGACAGCGUGAAGCCCGACAGAGAAAAUACAGCAAGGACAGAAGAGUCGAAAACCCCUGAGAAAGAACAAGCCCGCAAAACCUCAGAGGAAAAGACAGACACGAGCGCUGACGCAAAGACCGACAGCAAAGACACAAAGCAGGAUGACACGGCUGCAGAAAAGGUGCCUGCUGAAACUGUGAAGAAAACCAAACCGGCAGGAAAAACAAAGACGAAAACAAAAGCUUCAGAAAAAACGAAGGUCAAAACAGCAGACAAAAAGGAAAAGCCAGCUGCGAAGAAGACGGCAAAAGCAUCAUCCAAAAAGACACAGAGCAAACCGACUAAAGCAAAAAGCUCAAAAUCAGACUCUGAAAAGAAAAGGGAUGAAUUAUGAGCAAUUUUUUUUCUGUUUUUUUUUAAUAUUAUGUUUUAUAUGUUUUAUGAAAGGGGCACGGUGGCUUAGUGGUUAGCACGUUCGCCUCACGCCUCCAGGGUUGGGGGUUCGAUUCCCGCCUCCGCCUUGUGUGUGUGGAGUUUGCAUGUUCUCCCCGUGCCUCGGGGGUUUCCUCCGGGUACUCCGGUUUCCUCCCCCGGUCCAAAGACAUGCAUGGUAGGUUGAUUGGCAUCUCUGGAAAAUUGUCCGUAGUGUGU